AGGAAAUUUAAAUAAAUAAAAAAUUUGGCAUGAACAAGCGAAGAAGAAAGAUCUCCUGACGUUUCGCUGUCUUCCUUCCUUGAAAGGAGAAGCAGCGUUUAAAGCUCCAUAUCCAGUGCCCUGAUACCCUCAUCCAACUGUAUUUUCUGCCUUCUCCUUAUCUUCUUCUUGUAAUUAGCGAAACCGAACUGAAAAUUUUAAGCCUUUUAAAGCCCCAUCGACCGUAAUUGUCAGCUUCGAAUCUACCGUCAAAUCUAUUAUCUCUAUACACUUCUCUGUUUCUCGUUCGCUUUGUGUUUGUGAAAAUUCCGAAGCGAGGGUAUGUCUAUACCGGCGGCAGUUGUGAUCGUGCCGGUAGGGGUUCUGUUCUUCAUCUCAGGCCUCGUUGUCAAUUUAAUUCAGGCAAUUUGCUUCGUCCUCAUUCGGCCAUUUUCGAAGAACACCUACAGAAGGAUUAACAGAGCUGUGGCAGAAUUAUUGUGGCUGGAACUUGUAUGGCUGGUUGAUUGGUGGGCAGGAGUUAAGAUCCAACUAUUUACAGACCCAGAAACCUUUCAUUCAAUGGGUAAAGAACAUGCACUUCUUGUAUCAAAUCAUAGAAGUGACAUUGAUUGGCUUGUUGGAUGGGUUUUGGCUCAGCGGUCAGGUUGUCUUGGCAGUGCCUUGGCUGUAAUGAAGAAAUCAUCAAAAGCCCUUCCAGUUAUUGGUUGGUCAAUGUGGUUUUCUGAGUAUCUUUUUCUGGAAAGAAGCUGGGCGAAGGAUGAAAACACAUUGAAGACAGGUCUUUUACGGCUAAAAGACUUCCCUCAGCCCUUUUGGUUGGCUCUUUUUGUCGAAGGAACACGCUUUACAAAGGCAAAGCUUUUAGCAGCUCAGGAAUAUGCAGCCUCAACUGGAUUGCCUGUCCCUAGAAAUGUUUUGAUUCCUCGUACAAAGGGUUUUGUUACAGCUGUAAGUCAUAUGCGCUCAUUUGUCCCAGCCAUUUACGAUGUGACAGUGGCUAUUCCAAAAAGCUCACCUCCUCCUACAAUGCUUAGACUAUUCAAGGGUCAGUGUUCUGUGGUCCAUGUGCAUCUUAAACGGCAUAUGAUGAAGGAUUUACCGGAGACAGAUGAAGAUGUUGCUCAUUGGUGUAGAGAUAUGUUUGUGGCCAAGGAUGCUUUAUUGGACAAACAUUUGGCUGCGGACACCUUCAGCGACCAAGAACAACAGGAUAUUGGCAGGCCAUUAAAGUCACUUGUUGUGGUUUCCUCUUGGGUAUGUCUGCUUGUUAUGGGUACUCUAAAGUUCCUCCAAUGGUCUUCCCUUCUUUCCUCCUGGAAGGGCAUUGCAUUCUCAGCAUUUGGUUUGGCCAUCGUUACUGUUGUGAUGCACAUCUUGAUCCGAUUCUCUCAAGCCGAACAUUCGACCCCCGCAAAGGUUGCCCCAAUGAAGCCAAAGACCAGUAGAGAGUCGUCCGAGAGUGGACGAGACAAACAACAGUAGAAGUAACCGUUCGUUCUGUAAUUCUUCACUUGACAGAGAUCACCAAAAAUCCAUCUUGUAACUUGUAAUACUCACAAGUUCCAUUUACACUUCAUUGCCCCACUCAUUGUAUUUGUAUCAAUUCGACGUCUGCUUGUUAGGAUGUUUACUUAUUGCUUGUAGGAUCAACUCAGACUUGGCCUAGUCUUCUGUUUGUGAUUUUUUUCCCCAUCUCUCCGCACAUCUAUAGACAAUUUGAGGAUUUUUGGACA